GCGGAUGAUCCGUUCGGAAUACUUGCCACUUUAAUCCGCCGAGUGUUAUAUGUAAGCAUUAAAAAGUAGAAAAGCAUGUCGAUGUGUCUUUAGAGAAUUGACAUUAAAUUUCCUUCAAUAGGUGUAUCUGUACGCCUGAUUUCUUGUUGAGGGUAUCGACCGAUGUUUAGAGAUGAUAAACUUGUCACCAUCGGGUUAUAGGAACGUUGAUGAUGGCGAGCGGCCGAUGAAUACUAAGAAAAUAUAUUCUCGCAGACCCUGGUACGCUCUGCCGGUAGACCCAUCUGAUUUAGUUCCGAGACACCAGGACAAUUCAGCAUACGAUAUUGACUACAACGGACAAGAGGAACAGUAUUAUGAUCCUAAUCAAGAUUAUGUGGAUCCAGUGACAUCAAGGCACGCAAAUCUAGUAGAACAGUUGGAAUCGUCGCCGCCCAAUUCCAGGUUGGAACAAGGGCCAACCGUUGGGUCCGUUUCUGAGUCCUCUAUCGGAAAUGCUAUCAAUUUAAGAGAAGUGGCACUUGUUGCAUUGGGUGGUGCGAGCGCUGCUCUAGUAUUGCUGAUCGUGAUGGCGGGCGUAUUUGUGGCACGCAGGCGUAAGAACAGUCCAUCUCCUGCGCCAUCCCCACCCAUACUUGUGUAUCCUCCCCAUGAUAUUGCUGGACCAUGCUAUAUGACGAAAGAAGUUAACUUCUCACUACCUGCUCUCCGGUCAUCAUCGUUAGGAGAGCUGCGGGAGGUAGCCAGCGUCAGCAGCGCGGACAGUGAGGUGCUGUGCCCCCCUGUACCUCCUCAACUGCGAUCAAAUUCAUUCACAAACACAGCUGACCUCGGUGUACUUGACCCGGCGCUAUAUAAAUCGGAUUGUCUCGACGAAGAUCUCAUGUGGCCAGAGGGUCACGUGGGGCGAGUAUGGUUCACGCUGAAAUACGAAUCAAGCACUGAAAGGUUACAAGUGCACAUUAUGAAAGCAAAACACCUGCCCUCCCGUACUCCGGCACUGGCCAACGCUUGCGAUCCUUACAUAAAAAUACAACUAAUGCCAGACGAGAGACGAGUGCUGCAAACCAAACAGAAGAAGAAGACUUGCAAUCCGUUCUUUGAUGAAAGUUUUGUUUAUCAAAUUCCACCGGGCAAAGUGGAAGGUCUGACUCUGAAACUAUCUGUGCUCGAUUUGGGGGGAGUGGGAAAAGGGAAACAGCUUAUUGGUCACAUUAUACUGCCACUGAGUGAGUUGGAGGGAGUCUCGCCUGAUGAAGAACCACAGUUAUACAAACUUGAUAUAGAAAAGGAGUUACAAGAACCUACUUCCGAUUUGGGCGAGGUGUUGGUGUCAUUGCUUUAUAACGAAAAUUUACAUCGGCUUACCGUCACAGUUAUAGAGGCUCGAGCACUUAAGUUGGACCCGUCCUCAAACAAGCGUGAGAUGGUGGUCCGAGUAACGCAAGAACGUGCGUGUCGUGGAGUACGCGCGCGUCGCACUGCCGCCGUUGAAGUGGGAGACGAUGGCAGCGCUUUGGUCUCCGAGUGCUUCCACUUCAGGCUACGAGCUGAUGAAUUGCACACUACCAGUGUUACAGUGCAAGCUUUGCAACCACACUCUGUGUAUGCUAAAGACCGACUUCUCGGAAAGUUCGUCCUAGGGUCAUACAUGUUUGCUAGAGGUCGUGCAUUGCAGCAUUGGAACUCCGCACUUGCCUCGCCUAUGGAACAAGUCCAACAAUGGCACCCACUGACUCAUUAAACCCAACAAAAACGGCCACAAUCUAUGUACAACUGAUUAUUGACGUAAAUAUAUUAGAUGUAAGGCUAUUCCAUUUUGGAAGUAUUAUACAUACAUAUACUAUACGUAUAACGUCUCUAAAAUUAUCAAUCAAACUAUGAACUAUAUUAAUAUGUAUCUCAAAGUUUAAUGAAAUGUAUUUAUCUUAAU